UAGGAUGGCCUACUCCCGGUUUGAGUUGAUAAAAGGGGUGGGGAGUCUCUUCCGUCUUUAGCUGAAUUUUGUUUGUUUUUUUUCCAUGUUCUGUCUUUUGCUUUUAUAAUUAGGAAGGGUCCCUUGUUGUAUACUGGAAUUAGAUUUUUUGGAUAAGGCAAAAGGAAAAUUUGGCUAUUUUUUAAAAUUUUGUAUAUCACGGGCAUUUCGAACUACUUUUUAAGGAAAGCAUAAGAAGAGCAGCCUUUCUAAUACUUAUUAUGGCCGUAGCCUUUGCAACAGUCCCAAAUUGUCUCGAAUUUGCUGAUUGGGUUGGGUAUGUCUUUUUAAAAGAUUUUUUAAAUAAAAAAUCUAAUUUUAGCCGAAUAAAUCAUCGAAUAAUUUAUGUAGUUGAAACACUCAAAAGACCUGUACCUUUGGAACAUUUUUUAUAUUGUGGACAGGAUGGAAAGACAAGAAAUGAUAUUUUUUUAAUUUUUGAUACUGAAGGAAAUUUUAAAAAUUCUGGUUAUCAAAAAGCAGUAGAAGCAAAAGACAAAGCUCAAAAAAAUCAAAAGUAUGGAAUGGGACAAGUUGGGCCUGUAGGAGGACAUCCUUGGCAGUUGAAUAAAAAUAACAAAAAUGUUUAUAUCAACCUAAUUUCCUAUUUAAACACCAAAGAUUUAUUACCAAUGAUUGUUUUUAUUUUUUCUCGACAGCGUUGUGAUGAAACUGCUCAAAUAUUAAAUUCUGUUGAUUUAACUAGCGAAUCAGAAAAAUUUGCAAUUCAUCAUUUCUUUAAUCGGUGUAUUGAUAGAUUGACUGGGUCUGAUAAGGAAUUGCCUCAGGUAUUAUUAAUGCAAGAAUUAUGUAAACGAGGUUUUGCUGUUCACCAUUCUGGAAUUUUGCCUAUAAUUAAAGAAGUUGUAGAAUUACUUUUUCAAAAAGGUUUAGUUAAAAUAUUGUUUGCAACUGAAACUUUUGCUAUGGGGGUAAAUAUGCCUGCUAGAAGUGUUGUUUUUGAUUCUAUUGAAAAACACGAUGGAAAGGAAAAAAGAAUUUUAAAUUCGACAGAAUAUGUUCAGGUUGUUGAAAAUUUUUAUUUGAGUUGA